AUGACAGUCGUCGCGAGCAUAUGCAUUAUGCCACUUUUCCUCGUCAUACACUGUGCAGGGGCACGGGGCGCCGCCUUGCCCCUGGACUGCGUCCGAUCAACACCGCCUACUCUACGAGUGUCGUGCAGGUUCCGCGAUUUAACCGCCGUGCCCGAUGGCAUCCCACCUGACGUUGUGCGGAUCUCCCUCAGCAACAACAAAAUCAGGAGCGUCCCGCAUCUACCCUUUCUAAAACUCGUCACUUCGGUAGAUCUCAGUAGAAAUCUAAUCGAGACCGUGUCAUGGGUUUCCUUACGCAACUUGCCAGCUUUAGGUUUCCUCUAUCUAGGUCGUAACAGAAUUAAGUUCUUCGAUUUCGGCUUCUUUGUCUCCGUUACUAGAGCGCUCGCAUAUGUGGACUUGUCCCACAAUCAAAUCUCGUCCGUCGCUAAACCUCAAAUUGGAACCACUCAACGCGACUCGCUUGGAAUGUUAUCCAUCACUCACAAUCCAUUCCACUGUGACUGCAAAAUCAAGUGGUUGAUCGACAAACUUGCCUGUUUGCAGGCCUGCGGUGCAGGGCACAAUCAUGACAUCAUACCCUGUUGCAGAUCGUGUGAGGGCUGUCACUUUCUCGUCUACACAAAGAUGAACGACCUCACGUGUGGCUCCCCCACCCAACUACAGACAUUGCCCCUGUGGAAUGUUUCCGGACGACCGCUAGAGUGCCAAGAUUCGAACUCAUCAGUCGCUAACAGCACCAAGCGUCCCGUUCUUCAAGCGGAACAUGAGGGUGCAGAGAGUACCCAACCUGGCAGCGUCCAAGGGAACAACUCUCUCUCUCGUCCUGCUACUUCUUGGUCAUCACACUUCUGUCACAGCUCUCCCAGCUUACAUCACAUAAGCAAUACACUGUCUCCAAGCAUCACACUACAAACACUAAGUAUAUCGGAAAGUCUUGAACAUACAACCAACACCAUCGUAAACAAUACAGAAUACUUUGGCCAUGGCGACGUGUCAUCUAGACAUGAUGUUUCUCCGGACAACAUUGGCCAUACGGAAGCUUCGAAGACCCCUGUAAGUACUACCGGGCCUGAGUCUGCAUGGUCGGGUUCUAUCUUUGUCGCUACCAUAGUACUAGGCACCCUCAUUGGCGUUCUAUUCAUCUGCUUUACGGUAUACCAAGCCAGAAGGGUCUUCAUAAACCGACAGACGCGUAACGAUGUGAAUGGCACGCGACGUGUGUACAUUCUACCAGCUGGAUACCCUGUCCCCAAUAGCACGCUGAACGCUAUCUCAGGACAGGUGCAGCAAUCGUUUGAUGCUCCUGGGACUCUUUCAACAAACCUCCAGAUGGUGCCAAUGCCACGUAGACUGUCGCAGAGAACCCCACCUGUCGGAGACACCAUAUCACAGAUGGAGAACUUAGCAGCUAUCUCGUCACUUCACAAUUAUCCCCAGAGCAUCGGGGCCUCCGUGCGUGCCGGAAAGUCAGACACAAAAGGUAAGAAGUCUGUAGCCUUCCCAGGACCAAAUGUAGCCUCGUCUGUGAGGACUACACUUGUACCCACCGGCUACAGUAGCUGUGAGCACUACCCACCUCAGAUCACAGAGGAUCCAGACUCUCACCAUGUGUACGAAUAUCUUCCAUGACAGGACCGGGUGUACGAUGGGAGUUUUUUUUCCGGACUGUAGCAGCAGUUCGCACCGUAUUCAACGUAAGGCCGGUGUCAGGGAUCUGAGACCACCUUGAAGCUAACGGACACUUUUAAUACACCGUAAGUUACGUAGUACAGUGGACAUUGCCUCUAAUGCUGAAGACAACAUGUAGUA